UGCUGCUUUGAUUAAGUUUUGACUGCUUGUAUUAUAAAGAAAGUAAAUAAGAUUUUACAAAUGUGGUCAAGUGAUUUAAUAAUUUUUUGUUUCGUAUUUGUAAUACAAGAAGCUAUUAGUUCGAAAAUAUUAUUUCCCCAAAUUGAUGACUUCCCAGACGAAUGCAAAGCUUUUGAUGGCAGUGACGGAGUUUGUCUAAAUAUAAAAUUAUGUCCACAUGCAUUUACUGCAAGAAAUGAUGAAGUGAAAACCUGCUACUUUCAAAGAUCGGAACAGUUUGUUUGCUGUAGUGAUAGUCCUUUUUACAAUCUCAAAGAACGUAAAUCUACAAGAGAAUGUAAAGAUUUUUAUCCAAUGCGCUUUGAUAUGGUUAUGGGUAUUAUGACACAACGUGCUGAGUUCCCGUAUAUGGCAGCAGUUGGUUGGGAAUCACAAGUGACAAAUAUUACUGAUUACAGAUGUGGCGGUGUCAUGAUCUCAAAUGAUUAUAUUUUAACUGCGGCACAUUGCACUGAUUUCAAUGGUGAUCCACCUUCAGUUGUUGUUCUUGGUGGUGUGAAUUUGAGUGAAGAUAAUUAUACAAAACAUAUAAUCUCUGAAGUAAUACCGCAUCCAGCUUACGAUCCUAAUUUUGCUUACAAUGAUAUUGCAUUAUUAAAACUAAAGAAAUCAGUAAUUUCUUCAAGCGGUUCUGAUAAAGCCUGCCUCUGGAAUUCUUUUGCUCUAAGUAAAACCAAUGUUACUGCAAUCGGUUAUGGACACACGCGGUUUGGUGGUUCCCCAUCUUCUCAUCUUUUAAAAGCAUAUUUAACUGUUCAUUCUAAAAAGGACUGUCAAAAACAUUAUGAUGAUGAACAUAAUAUACCAAAAGGUAUUACUGAUCAACAAAUUUGUGCAAAAGAUCCUGAAAAUAUUAGGGAUACAUGCCAGGGUGAUUCCGGUGGUCCAAUUUUAAUACAUGCAAUGUUAGAAAGCAGAUAUGUACCUUACGUAGUAGGCAUUACUUCGUUUGGACAGGGCUGUGCUGGUGAGCCACCAGGUGUAUACACUCGAGUAUCGGAGUAUAUUGACUGGAUUGAAACUACUGUUUGGCCCAAUUAUAAGAUAACAUUUCCCGGAUUUUUCUCGCAACAGAAGUGCACCUUCUCAAAUGGAACUAAAGGUGUUUGCACUAUUGUUCGAGAUUGUCCAUUUAAUUUUGAUUAUCCAAAUGAGGAAUUAAAAAUAUGCUUUUCUCCACCUGGUGACCAAUAUAUAUGUUGCAAUAGAGAACGUCCUGCUGUCAGAGCUUGUUACGAGUUUUAUCCCGAAGUUCAAUAUAUAGUAAAUGGACUCAAAACAUAUUAUAAGGAAUUCCCUUAUAUGAUAGCACUUGGUUGGAAAACUUUUGAGGAUAAUAAAUAUGAUUACAAAUGCGGAGGUGUAUUAAUCGAUAAUUAUUACGUUUUAACCGCUGCACAUUGUGCUAACAUCAAUGGCUUAGAACCAGUUGUAGUACUACCCGGUGGUGCUAAUUUAAAUGACGUUAAGGAAAAAAUUUAUGAUAUUGCAAAAGUAAUUAUUCAUCCAGAAUACAAUCCAGUAUUGGCAUAUAAUGAUAUUGCAUUGAUAAAGUUAAAAGAACAGAUUUAUUACGAUAAGGCGUGUUUAUGUAGUAACCAAGAAUUAUAUCUUAAAAAUCUCACUGCAAUUGGUUAUGGACAUACAAGUUUUGCUGGGAACAAAUCUGAUGAACUUUUGAAGGCAUAUCUCUUUGUUCCAUCAAAUGAAAACUGUCAGCAUUUCUAUGAACACGACGAUUUUGUGCCGUUUGGAGUGAUAAGCUCACAAAUGUGCGCAUUGGAUCCAUUAAAAUCAAGGGAUACUUGUCAGGGGGAUUCUGGUGGACCAGUGGUUUUGACAGUAAAUAUUAAUGGCAGGUUCAUACCUCACGUUGCCGGCAUAACAUCAUUUGGACAAAACUGUGCUGGAGAUGCUCCGGGCAUUUAUACACGUGUUUCAGAGUAUUUGGAAUGGAUUGAGACAAUUGUGUGGCCAAAAUACAAAAUAUAAUUAUUUAA